UUUGUGAUUAACCAACCGUUGUGCAACAGAACAAAAAUCAAGCUAGCUCCUUUGAUGAACUUUUGAAACUGAUGCUAAUGGAUGAUUGCUUAACUUGCAAUCAAGAUGCUGGAGGCUGUGGAAAACCUGACCGAAUCCAAUUCAUUCUUCGAACACCUCCCCAAGUCUUCGUUUGCGUUCUCAGCAUGCAGACUGCACGUGAGAGUAGAGAAGAUAUAAGAGAUACUUUAACAGCUUUGGAUACUGAAGUAGAUAUUGGUGAUUUAUAUCUAGGCCUAGGACCAGGGAACGGAUAUUGCCUUGUUUCAAUGGUUUGCUAUGAUGAGCUACACUAUGUAUGCUUUUGUUAUAGUCAUGAGGGUAAAAGAUGGACCAUGUAUGAUGAUGUGCAUGUGGAGGUCAUUGGGUUUUGGCAUAAUCUCCUUGACAAGUGUGUAGAUGAGCUCUUGCAGCCACGGAUUCUUUUCUUUGAAGCUGACGUUAUAAAGUGUCCACAAUUUGAUGAUCUCAGAAAACUUAGUGGGAGUUCUGGCAUGCUAUGCAAUCUAGGAGAUGGGGAAGUGAAGCAAGCUGAAGAUAUUCCUGAAGAGAGUACGCUGCAUAAUGAUUGGCAAACUGCAAAGGAUGAAGGUGGGAAUUUGCGAAGUCAUGCUCAAAAUGAAAUGAAAUUUUUACGUCAGGAUAAAUUUCAAGAUGCAUGUCGAGUGCAAAAGCAUGUUCCCUUGGAGAUGGAUCAAAAGUUGCUUCAAAAUUUAUUCUUGGAAGGGGAAGAAACUGGAAAAUGUCCAACUGAUUCCAAGGUUGAUUACAUGGAUGGAUCUGAAAUAUUGGGUUCUGGGCUGAAAAAUGAUAUCGGCAAAAACUAUAGCUCCUUAAAUGUGAUUAUACAGUCCUUAUGGCGUAUACCACAGUUUCGGAAUGAGUUAGCUUUUAAAACAGCUCCAGAACAUAAGCAUGUUGGAGAUCCUUGCGUUGUCUGUGGAUUAGCUGAGAUAUUUGAUAAACUAAGUGCAGCAAUUAUAAAUCCUAGCAGAGAAAUUGUUUAUCCAACCUCCUUAAGCAUUGCCAUUGACAAAUUGUCCCCUUGCGGAGAUCUCUUCCAGAAGGAAAAAAUGAACAAUGCUUUUGAAGUGCUAUGGAUUAUUCUUGAUUCUCUUCAUCAUUCCCUCACCAGUGUUGAAGAUUUCUCUUUACCUGAAUCAGAGAAAAGAAAUUGUGUAGGAUCUUUGGAGUGCACAACUGACACUUGCUUGGUUCAUACACUCUUCGGUAUGACAGUUUAUAAAAGCGUGAAUUAUGACAGUUGUGGUCUGGAGUCGAGACAACAAAAGCAUACCUUUUUCUUUCACACCAUAUCCGCAUUUGAACUCAGAAAACAGGUUUCAACUCUGAUUAGGCAGGGAACUAGCUCAUUUGCUGAGCUUUUGAAGCCCAUGCUGGUGGAUUAUCAUUUGACUUUGGAACCAGAUGCUGAUGGAUGUGGAGAAAACCACAUCAAAUACUUUCUUCAAACACCUUCCCAUGUGUUCACCAGUGUUCUAGAGUGGACAACUAUAUGGGUUGCUAGAGAAGAUAUCAGGGAAACUUUAGCAGCUCUUGCAACUGAAAUAGAUAUUGGCAUUCUUUAUCAAGGUUUAGGAAAAGGAAAAAAAUACCGCCUGGUUUCAGUGGUUUGCUAUUGUGGGCUACUCUACUCGUGCUUCAUUUACAGCGAUGAGUGCAAAAGGUGGAUGAUGUACGAUGACACACAUGUGGAGGUCAUUGGGAGUUGGGAUUGUCUCUGUAAAAAGUGUGUAGAAAAGCAUUUCCAGCCACGAAUUCUUUUCUUUGUAGAGAGUGCACCAACUGAGAUAGAUCAAAAUAUGCCUCCGAAAUCAUUCUUUGAAGAGGAAGAAUCUGGGAAAUCACAGAGUGGUUCCAAGGUCAACUAUGAAGACAGCUCUGGUAUAUUUGGUGCUGGACUAAAAAAUGAUGUUGGUGAAAAUAGUUGCUUUUUAAACGCGAUCAUACAGUGCUUAUGGAAUGUACAGCUGGUUCGGAAUGAGUUGCGCAGCAUAACAGAUUCAGGACAUGAGCAUGUUGGAGAUCCCUGCAUUGUUUGUGGAUUAGCUGAGGUAUUUGGUGAACUAAGUGAGGCAUCUACUCGUACUAGAAGAGAGAUUGUUUCUACAACCUCCUUAAGACUUGCCAUCAGCAAAUACUCCCCUCAUAGGAAUAGCUUUCUGGAGGGACAAAUGAACGAUGCGGAUGAGGUUCUGCAAAAUAUUCUUGUUAUUCUUCAUCAGUCCUUUACCACUUGCCCAACCCCAGAUGCCUCAUCUGAAUCAGAGAAAAGCAAGCGGGUAGAAUGUCAGCAGUGGACAAGCAAUAAAUGUUUAGCUCAUAGACUCUUUGGUAUGGACAUUUAUGGGUAUUGUGACAGCUGUGGUCUGGAGUGGAGGCAUCAAACGUUUUCUGAUUUUUCUCACUAUAUACGUUCAAGUCAGCUUAGAGAAAAAAAGGCAAACAAAAAUCAAGCUAGCUCCUUUGAUGAACUUAUGAAGCUGAUGUUAAUGGAUGAUUGCUCAACUUGCAAUCGAGAUGCUGGAGGCUGUGGAAAGCCUAACCGUAUCCAAUUCAUUCUUCGAACACCUCCCCUUGUCUUCAUUUGUGUUCUUGUGCAGACUGCACAUGAGAGUAGAGAGGAUACAAGGAAAACUUUAACAGCUCUGGGUACUGAGUUAGAUAUCGGUGUUGUAUAUCAAGGUUUAGGACCGGGGAAAAAGUACUGCCUGGUUUCAUUGGUCUGCUAUCAUCACCAACACUAUGUUUGCUUUAGUUACAGUCAUGAGCAUAAGAGAUGGACCAUGUUUAACGAUGCUAAUGUUGAGGUCGUUGGGUGUUGGGAUGAUCUCCUAAGCAAGUGUUCACAUGAGCAGUUUCAACCGCAGAUUCUUUUCUUUGAAGCUGUACAAUAGAGGAACUUUGAGGAAACUUGGUCGCCCCAUUGUAGCACUGCUUAUCUUGGAAUAGUUCAUUUUCGUGCUGUUACAACAGAUGUUGGGAAAACAGGCAUAUAUUGACAUGGAAGAACCCUAGAUUGAGUUUCCUGACUGGCCCUUCAUCAUUUCAUGUCCUUGUUGAGGAUUUUUCCAAGGAUGCCAGAUUUGUAAUGGAAGUUCUACCUUUGGCAAUGAAAUGAUAAUGAUGAACACAGGUUUAGUAAUGUGAAGGCAUCUCAUGGAUGAUCCAUAUUUGGCACGCAAGUGUGGCAAAUAUUAAGGUUUCCACUCCUUUUAUAUACCAGUCCCUUUGGAACA